GAGUAGAUUAUCCUCCUCUCCUCCUCUCAGCCAGCCUCAUCAUGGUCAUGCUGCAUAUGUUGACUGUUAUUUCUCUGACUGUUAUCCUCCUGGCAUCUGUGGAAGGUAAAGGCGUGCAGAUGCAGAGGGAUGUCCAGUGCUGCAUGUUGUACUCCCAGGGCAAGGUGCGUACCAAAGAUGUGUUGCGGUUUGAGGUGCAGACUGAGGGGCCCGACUGCAGUAUACGAGCCAUCAUUCUUUACACAAAGAAGGCGGUGAAAUGUGCAGACCCCAGAGACCGGAAGGUGAAGAGGUUGCUGAGAAAACUCCUGCAGAGACAGAGAACCAAGGCCCACCGAACCAUGUGGCUCCUUCCUCAUGACAACCUGCCUGUCAUGUCAGAGGACAAGAAAGAUAACUGGCCGGUUCUCAAUGUGGAGUGAUGGAGCAGAGGAAAACUUAUAGUCAUAAGCCAAGUAAACUUUCAGCAGCUCGUCUUCUUAACCAGGUGAAGCUUGCUGAUUCUCCAAUCGUGUCUCUCUCAUUCUACACCAUCUGUCUCCUUGGGACCAGACCUUGGCAGCAAUACAUAUUUAAAAAUGAAAAUAUGGCUUUAGAUAUUUAAAUAUGAACAGUGCUUGAAAUAUUCCCAAACACUUGGCUGGAACAGUCUCAACAGAGGAGUAUUUACUUGUAAGAUAAGUCGCAUUGAUUUUUUUUGAUUUUUUUUUUUUAAUGGCUCAUACUGUUAUUCGCCGGAGUCUACUCGAAAGUGUCUCCCUCUACAACAGCAUACUACUACUCGUGACUGAUGUGAAAUCAGUGAAAAAGUUGUAAUUAAACAAAUGAUAAACAAGCAGAUAUAUUAAUAUUGUAUAUCAGCAAGAUACUCUAUGCUUAUUUGUGACCUGUAUACCUUCAGUAAUGUGUAAAGACACUUCACACAGUAAAGUAGAUGGGGUUUCGUCUCAGUGCACUGAAUGUGCAGAGUAUUGGGGAACUUAUAUAGAUUUGCACCUUGUUUUGUACAAUUCAGGUUUUAGUUGUUUUAAAGUUUAAAAAUACUUGUUCAGGCUUGACCUUGUGUAUCUGACUGUUAGACAGGGAUCAGAGAGAAGAUUUUACCUGGAUUCAAAUCUCUGAGUCGCAUAAAGAGCAAAUGUUCUUGAUAUUUUGUCCACUUUGUAUAUUGACCGUUUGUAAACUCAGUAUGAAACCCGAGUCAAUCCUUUGAAAUUAGGCCCUCAGACAUGGACCAGUGAUUUCAAUAUGUACUUGCAGUUUAUAUUUGUCUUUUUCACUAGUAAUAGUCCGUCACUAUACUAUGCCAAAGUAUUCAUGAUUUAAUUCACCACAUGGCAAGGCUGUUAAAACUCAGAGGGCUCAAUUGUGUGUGAAAAACACAAGUAUUGUAUUGUAAAAGAAUGCACAGUAGUUAAAACGCAGUAUCCCA